AGGGAGGAGCUACAUGGGAAAGGCAACGCUGACAGCUGUCUUGGCUGACUCCAAUUCCAGCAUCAUGAAUGUGUCGUCUGCUCACCUCCACUUUGCAGGAGGGUACCUGCCAUCUGACUCCAAGGACUGGAGGACCAUCAUUCCGGCUCUCUUGGUGGCUGUGUGCCUGGUGGGCUUCGUGGGGAACCUAUGUGUGAUUGGCAUCCUCCUUCACGGUGUUUGGAAAAGGAAGCCAUCCAUGAUCCACUCCCUGAUUCUGAAUCUCAGCCUGGCUGACAUCUCUCUCCUGCUCUUUUCUGCACCUGUCCGAGCGGCAGCAUACUCCAGAGGUGUUUGGGAUCUAGGCUGGUUUGUCUGCAAGUCCUCUGACUGGUUCAUCCACAUGUGCAUGGCAGCCAAGAGUCUGACAACUGCUGUAGUUGCCAAAGUGUGCUUCCUGUAUGCAAGUGACCCAGCCAAGCAAGUGAGUAUCCACAACUGCACCAUCUGGUCAGUGCUGGUGGCCAUCUGGGUUAUAGCCAGCCUGCUUCCCCUGCCAGAAUGGUUCUUUAGCACCACCAGACAUCACGGAGGCGUGGAAAUGUGCCUCCUGGAUGUGCCAGCUGUGGCCCAAGAAUUCAUGUCAGUGUUUGGUAAGCUCUACCCUCUCCUGGUGUUUUGCCUUCCUUUACUUCUAGCCAGCUUUUAUUUCUGGCGAGCUUAUGGCCAAUGUAAAAAACGAGGUACGAAAACACAAAACCUUAGAAACCAGAUUCGUUCCAAGCAACUCACAGUGAUGCUGCUAAGCACUGCUAUCACCUCUGCUCUUCUGUGGCUCCCCGAAUGGGUAGCCUGGCUGUGGGUAUGGCAUCUGAAGGAUGGAGGUCCACUGCCACCACAGGGUUUUAUAGCCCUAUCUCAAGUCCUGAUGUUCUCCAUCUCUACAGCAAACCCUCUCAUUUUUCUAGUGAUGUCUGAAGAGUUCAAGGCAGGCUUGAAAGGUGUAUGGAAAUGGAUGGUAACCAGAAAGCCUGUAAGUGCCUCAGAGGUUCAGGGGGCACCAGUUGGAAACACAGAGGCCCUUCCUGACAAGAUUCCGUCUGCAGAGUCCCAAACAUCCACUCAAGAGACAGACAGACACGGCUUCCCCAACUCGAGCAGAGAGAACACGGACAAGGCAGUGGCUCCCACCCUCCCUGACGUCCAGCAGUUCUGGCACGAGAGGGAUGCUGUCCCUUCAGCACCAGACCAUGACCCUACACCCUGGGAACAUGAAGGCCAAGAGACAGAGAGCUAUAAUUAGUGGACUUAACUUUCAAAGAAAAAAUGUGAUUACUGUAUUUACUUGUACUGUUGCUUAGCCAUAUUGCUGAUGUAUAAAUUACCAUUAGAAACUGCAAAGAUUUCCUUCUGCAUUCUCAAACUAUACAAUCUGGUAAGCAGAAUGGCAUGAGGUGAUUAUGCUUCAGAAUUCUCUUGUCUAAAGAACUCAUUAGAAGUGUUAUGUAAUUAUUGUGCUCACAGCGACAUUUCCCCAGGGUAACCCCUAAACACCCUGAACAGCACUGGCUGGAGUAGUUAGUUUAUCACUGUUUCUUCCUGAAACUGCUGGCCUCACGUCAGCAAGCUAUAUUUCACCUAAGCAUAGCUCACUAUCUGUCUACUUUGGCUUUUGUAAAGUGUAAAUCUGACUUGUAAAUUCUCGUUUGCUAAGUACACGUUAAUAUACUUGAUGAAAAAUCCAUAUAAUUUUCCUGAGCAAAAUUUACAAAAUAAUGAAUACAUCUUCUAUUCUGGACUAAUUUCAAACCAUGGCUCUUUUGGGCCAAAUUUAAGUAAAUUCAAGUCUUGCCUUACAGUAUAAAAGCUGUUUCAAUCCUUAAAAAUCUACCUGAAUUAAGUUUUGGAUUGAAAGUCUGAGAAUAUUCGUAGCCUAACAUGAUAUUCUAUAUCAUAAUGCAGAAAGUUUUCAAACAAAUGUCCCUUCUCUUCCAAAACAGAGUAUUCUACAAGCUUAAAUUUAUUCUCCUUGCUCUCUGUUCUCUAAGGCAGACUGUAAGCUGAAGAUGAUACAGGUAUUAACUAUUGAUUAAUAGUUAUAGGCAAGCACAAAGGAGAAUGAUGGGAUUUUCUUGUAUCAUCAAAUUUGGAACACCCUGAACUUUAAAAAUAUCACAGGGCUUCUAAGAUAUAAAAAUAAUCAAGUGUAACAAAGUGCAGAAUAGCACACAUUGGCAGGGGAGAGAGAGAGAGAGAGAGAGAGAGAGAGAGAGAGAGAGAGAGAGAGAGAGAGAGAGAGAACCCAGCAGACACUAACAGGAAAUUUAGAAAAGAAUAGAAUGGUCACAAGGACAAUGCAAAGCAAUGGACAAUAUAAGAAGCUUCCGAGUUCCUAGAUGUGGAAAAUUUAGGUAUAGCAGAAUGCAGUACUGCCAAUAAUUGUACAUUCCUCCCCUUUAAAUAUAAAAAGCAUUAUACACUCAUGAUUUUUAAUUGCUUUGUUAAUGGAACUUUGGGGUAUUCUCCUGUUGGGGUACCUCUGAGAAGAAAAAUGCCUCUAAAACAAAGAAUGGAGGAGUUUGGAGACUAAUCUGUACAGUACAAAGAACUGUUUUACUAUAAAAGGUUGUUCAACACAGCAAGACAAAGCUGCCUUCCUUUUCACUUGUUUCAGUACAAAUUGUAUUUCAAGUUCUCAUAUUCAAAUAAAUAUUAGUUUAGCUGAAGAAUCCAAACUGCUUUGUGAAUCCAGUUACACGAGGGGUUGCCACCGACAGUGGAAAGCAGGAAGCAAGCUUGUUUUAUAGAUACAAUAUGUAGAGUGUAAGCUUCAAGUAUAUGACAUCUCAACCGGUAAAGAAAUAAAAGCAAUGUUUUACUUCUGACAGGUGUUAGAGACUUAAAGCCGUCUGUGUCUUGAAU